AUCUCCUGCCCUUCCCCGGCUUCCUUUCCAGGCUGUGUUUAUCCCUCUGCCGCGGCUGCUGACACGCGUUGCCGACACCCGCCCAGACUGGCCUCGGCCCGGGGCCGCAAGUUCAUCAUCGCCAACGCCCGCGUGGAGAACUGCGCCGUCAUCUACUGCAACGACGGCUUCUGCGAACUGUGCGGCUACUCGCGGGCCGAGGUGAUGCAGCGGCCCUGCACCUGCGACUUCCUGCACGGGCCGCGUACGCAGCGCCGCGCCGCCGCGCAGAUCGCGCAGGCCCUGCUGGGUGCCGAGGAGCGCAAAGUGGAGAUCGCCUUCUACCGGAAAGAUGGGAGCUGUUUCCUGUGUUUGGUGGACGUGGUGCCCGUGAAGAACGAGGAUGGGGCUGUCAUCAUGUUCAUCCUCAACUUCGAGGUGGUGAUGGAGAAGGACAUGGUGGGGUCCCCAGCUCGUGACACCAAUCACCGGGGUCCCACCAGCUGGCUAACUCCUGGCCGGGCCAAGACCUUCCGCCUGAAGCUGCCCGCGCGGCUGGCGCUUACUGCCCGGGAGUCUUCGGUGCGGACAGGAGGAGUGGGCGGCGGCGGCGGCGCGGGCGCCCCGGGCACCGUGGUGGUGGACGUGGACCUGACGCCCGCGGCGCCCAGCAGCGAGUCGCUGGCCCUGGAUGAGGUGUCGGCCAUGGACAACCACGUGGCGGGGCUGGGGCCAGCGGAGGAGCGGCGCGCGCUGGUGGGCCCCGGCUCGCCGGCGGCUAGCGCGCACCCCUCGCCCCGUGCACUGCGCAGCCUGCACGCCGAACCCUCGGGCUCCAGCUGCAGCCUGGCCCGUACGCGCUCCCGGGAGAGCUGCGCCAGCGUGCGCCGCGCCUCCUCGGCCGACGACAUCGAGGCCAUGCGGGCCGGCGCGCUGCCGCCGCCGCCGCCGCGCCACGCCAGCACCGGGGCCAUGCACCCCCUGCGCAGCGGCCUGCUAAACUCCACCUCAGACUCUGACCUCGUGCGGUACCGCACCAUUAGCAAGAUCCCCCAAAUCACCCUCAACUUUGUGGACCUCAAGGGCGACCCCUUCCUGGCCUCACCUACAAGUGACCGGGAGAUCAUAGCGCCCAAGAUAAAGGAGCGGACCCACAAUGUCACCGAGAAGGUCACCCAGGUCUUGUCCCUGGGCGCGGAUGUGCUGCCUGAGUACAAGCUGCAGGCACCGCGCAUCCACCGCUGGACCAUCCUGCACUACAGUCCCUUCAAGGCCGUGUGGGACUGGCUCAUCCUGCUGCUGGUCAUUUACACGGCUGUCUUCACACCCUACUCUGCUGCCUUCCUGCUGAAGGAGACGGAAGAUGGGUCCCAAGCCCCCGACUGUGGCUAUGCCUGCCAGCCCCUGGCUGUGGUGGACCUUAUUGUGGAUAUCAUGUUCAUAGUGGACAUCCUUAUCAACUUCCGAACCACCUACGUCAACGCCAAUGAGGAGGUGGUCAGCCACCCUGGUCGCAUCGCCGUCCACUACUUCAAGGGCUGGUUUCUUAUCGACAUGGUGGCUGCCAUCCCCUUCGACCUGCUUAUCUUCGGCUCUGGCUCUGAGGAGCUCAUCGGGCUGCUGAAGACGGCGCGGCUGCUGCGGCUGGUGCGCGUGGCGCGGAAGCUGGACCGCUACUCGGAGUACGGCGCGGCGGUGCUCUUCCUGCUCAUGUGCACCUUCGCGCUCAUCGCGCACUGGCUGGCCUGCAUCUGGUACGCCAUCGGCAACAUGGAGCAGCCGCACAUGGACUCCCGCAUUGGCUGGCUGCACAACCUGGGCGACCAGAUCGGCAAGCCGUACAACAGCAGCGGCCUGGGCGGCCCCUCCAUCAAGGACAAGUACGUGACGGCGCUCUACUUCACCUUCAGCAGCCUCACCAGCGUGGGCUUCGGCAACGUAUCGCCCAACACCAACUCGGAGAAGAUCUUCUCCAUCUGCGUCAUGCUCAUUGGCUCCCUCAUGUAUGCCAGCAUCUUCGGCAACGUGUCGGCCAUCAUCCAGCGGCUGUACUCUGGCACGGCCCGCUACCACACCCAGAUGCUCCGGGUGCGGGAGUUCAUCCGCUUCCACCAAAUCCCCAAUCCGCUGCGCCAGCGCCUCGAGGAGUACUUCCAGCACGCCUGGUCCUACACCAAUGGCAUUGACAUGAACGCGGUGCUGAAAGGCUUCCCUGAGUGCCUGCAGGCCGACAUCUGCCUACAUCUGAACCGAUCGCUGUUGCAGCACUGUAAGCCCUUCCGAGGGGCCACCAAGGGCUGCUUGCGGGCCCUGGCCAUGAAGUUCAAGACCACACACGCGCCACCAGGGGACACACUGGUGCACGCCGGGGAUCUGCUCACCGCCCUUUACUUCAUUUCCCGGGGCUCCAUUGAGAUCCUGAGGGGUGAUGUCGUCGUGGCCAUCUUGGGGAAGAACGACAUCUUCGGAGAGCCUCUGAACCUGUACGCACGUCCUGGUAAAUCCAAUGGGGAUGUGAGGGCGCUCACCUACUGUGACCUGCACAAGAUCCACCGUGAUGAUCUACUCGAGGUGUUGGAUAUGUACCCUGAGUUCUCAGACCACUUCUGGUCCAGUCUGGAGAUCACAUUCAACCUUCGAGAUACCAACAUGAUCCCGGGGUCCCCUGGCAGCGCAGAGUUAGAGAGUGGCUUUAACCGGCAGCGCAAGCGCAAGCUGUCCUUCCGCCGUCGCACGGACAAGGACCCUGAGCAGCCAGGGGAGAUGUCGGCCUUGGGGGUUGGCAGGGCAGGGCCGAGUAGCAAAGGCCGGCUGGCAGGGCCGUGGGGUGAGAGUCCAUCCAGCGGCCCUUCCAGCCCGGAGAGCACCGAGGACGAAGGCCCGGGCCGCAGCUCCAGCCCCCUCGGCCUGGUGCCCUUUUCCAGCCCCAGGCCGCCCGGAGAGCCGCCCGGCGGGGAGCCCCUGGCGGAGGAUGGGGACAAAACCAAUGACACCUGCAACCCUCUGUCGGGCGCCUUCUCUGGGGUGUCCAAUAUUUUCAGCUUUUGGGGGGACAGUCGGGGCCGCCAGUACCAGGAGUUGCCUCGCUGCCCCGCCCCUGCCCCCAGUCUCCUCAACAUCCCUUUGUCCAGCCCUGGCCGCAGGCCCCGGGGUGACGUGGAGAAUAGACUGGAUGCCCUCCAGCGGCAGCUAAACAGGCUGGAAACCCGGCUCAGCGCAGACAUGGCCACCGUCCUACAGCUGCUGCAGAGGCAGAUGACGCUGGUCCCUCCUGCCUAUAGUGCUGUGACUACCCCAGGGCCUGGCCCCACCUCCACCUCCCCGUUGCUGCCUGUCAGCCCCGUCCCCACCCUCACCCUGGACUCGCUUUCUCAGGUUUCCCAGUUUGUGGCGUUUGAGGAGUUACCCCCCGGAGCCCCCGAGCUCCCCCAAGAUGGCCCCCCUCGACGCCUUUCCCUGCCCGGCCAGCUGGGGGCCCUCACCUCUCAGCCCCUGCACAGACAUGGAUCAGACCCGGGCAGUUAGUGAUGCUGCCCAGUGUGGACACUUGGCUCACCCAGGGUUCAGGGCACUACCUGACCACUCUCCCCAGAGGCCCUGGCUGUGGAGGGGAGAACAUCGGAGGAGCAGCUCCUUCCUUGCCCUUGGGGCAUCUCCUACUGCAAUCCCCUGGGCCCCACUGGGAGGGGCAGAGGCAGAGUUGGGCAGUGGACAGGGGUCUGGGGCCCCUCCACUGUCCUGGGGGCAUUAGCUGGUCUAACUGCCCGGAGGCACCCGGCCCUGGGCCUUAGGCACCUCAAGAACUUUUCUGCUAUUUACUGCUCUUAUUGUUAAGGAUAAUAAUUAAGGAUCAUAUGAAUAGUUAAUGAAGAUGCUGACGACUAUGAAUAAUAAAUCAUUAUCCUGAGGAGACGAA